AUGGCAGAAACGCCAGCAGAUCUCCAUUAUAAGCUACAGCUACCAGAUAAACUACUGAUCAAAGCAGAUCCCCAUGAUGUGGUGGAAGUUAAGCAUGGGCAAGAUAAGGAAAGAACCCUUUUCAUUCGUAAAAAUCGUAUGCUGCUGAUAUACAAUUCAUCCACGGUAUCCGAGGAUUGGACCGAAUCCCAUCGAGUGCAAGAUUUUUUCUCCGUACGUGACAUAAACCCCAACUACCCAUGGGCAGUAUACAAUGGUGGAUUGAUCGUGGUACGAACCGUCGCAGGCCUCGAGGUGCAUAAAUGGAGUGAUCAACAGCUGACCCGUCAGUUUGUCGAAUCGAAGUAUAACGAUGCACUCGGUUACGGUGUACCGAACAAUACGUUUUUGUUCGGUAAAAUAUAUCCGUCUGAAAAGUAUCUAGGCAUUAUCACUCGUGUAGAGUCUGACGUGCAGUUUCGUUCGAUUGCGCUAAUCCAUUCUACCUUUCAAUUGAAAGCUUUAAAACAGAAUCCCAUCCUGAGUGCUGCAUGGACUAACAACAAACACAUUAUAUCGCUCGUUAAAAAUGUUACCAAUGAUGGUCAACUUUCAAUAGCACUUCGUACCGCUUCCGAGUUGCAACUGUUCCGUUUUGAUGAGCAAUACUCGCUAAAAGAGUUGACUACCAUACACGAGUUCCCACCGUUGGACAGCGAGUAUGAUAGGAUUUUGUUCGCGAAGUUCAACAGCACACACUACAACGAUCUAUUAGACUUUUCCACCGAAGGACUCACGGUAUACCGCUACAACGAAACGCUACCCGGUUACCAAAAACUAUUCUACUCGACCGCUUUUUCAAAGCAUCGCGGAUGGAACAGAUGCGCCAUCAGCACAAUUACCACGCACGAUACCGAUGGAGAUGGGUUGCACGAGAUGGUCUACUCCGGACCAAAUGGUUUAUCAGUGACGCAAGCAGCAUCGGAUGAAUUGGGAUUCGAUUUGCAUAACGUAUUGGAUGAAGUAUCUGGAAACCAAGCAGUUCGAUUCGCAUUACCUAAACAACUUUUACAGAAUGAUGGACCUUCUGGCAUCAUGAAGAUCAUCCUGCAUACUCCCCAAGGAUUGACCUCGGCUGAAAUAUUGAUGUACAACCAGGGGCUAGAAUCUGAAAAUAAUAAUCCAACAAACCAGACGGCUGAAGAAAACGUCAUCGAUUCCUCGUUAGAUAAACUCAGCGCAGAAAUUGUGGCUUAUCGUCAUCGAACCUCGUGGCUGCACGAUCAGCUCGAUCUUUCCAGUCUGCUCCAACCCCUGAACCCACACACCGGUAGCGUCGAACUUACGCUACCCCUGAUAAACCUGCGCACUCCAUUCGGUAUACCGGUGCGCAAGAUUUUCCAGUACAAAAACGUGGACUACAGUAACGAGCUCGGUCAGGGAUGGUCGUUUCCACUCGAUUAUAUCGCGCUCGACCGGUACGAGAGCGCCUUCCCGCAGGAUCAUGUCUAUUCCCUCGUAAAAGACAACCAACGAAUCAUACUAACCCGAGUGUAUGACUCUGAGGAUGCAACAACGCAGCCGACGCACAAAGGAACGCGUUUCAUUAUCGAGGGCUAUCCGGACAUCAAACUCCUGCAUCUGGAAAAACGUAACCUGUGGGAAGUGACAAUAGACAAGCGUACGCUAACGUACAUCGCCAUGAGCCAAUUUAUGACGAAUCUCGUGUGCUCCAAAUGGCCACUGUGCGGUAGUCGUUCGUUGAACAACCUAUCUCAUCCGACGAGGUGGUACUUGAGCCAAGAGCGUGACAGUGCAGGCAGGACGGCGAACUACUUCUACAAACUAGUGAAGAACGGAACCGAUAUUCGCCUUAAAUCCAUUGAUUUGCACGACGACUCGAUGGUGAAUCUUGGUUACGAUGACGAUCGCAUCUCUUCAUUGGAGGUUUUAACCAUGAAGUACAAGCAAGUCGUACAGUUCCACUACGACCGUACUAAGAACCAACUUCUAUCGAUUACACAAGAUGACCGACCUCUGUUCGAAUUCGAUUACGAUGCGAUACACAGGAUUUCUAAGAUUGUCUAUCCGAACGGGGUAGAAUGGAAACCGGAGUAUAAGGUGCUCCAGAUAGAUCCAUCGGAACUGAAGAAAAGAAUUGAUUUCCACCACGACGGAACUGUGUUCAACGGGCCCGACUACAUUGUGAUCGUCGAUGCGAAACUCUCCGAUGGAGUGUUAACACUGCACAUUCGUGAUCCUCUUGGUGGAGUUGGCUACAGUGAGAAAACGAAUGCCACCGAAACCGUCAUUAUGGUUGAGAAUAUAAAACGGUACCUUGUCUAUGCCCUAGCGGAUCUACUUGUGGUCUCAGUUAUUUACGACACAUGCAAAGAUAUCGCCAUUCUGCAGUACAUCGAGGGCUACGGUUGGGAGCAGCGUCAGUACUACAGCGAGUUGCCACUGGAAAGCACCUUGACCACUGGAAACAAAUUCGUGCUUCUUGCUGACACAAAAACAUUGCGUUUCAUAGCCGUUAAAGACGGCCAGCUUACAACCACUGUAAUACGCAGUGGACUUCCCCAGAAUUUUGUUGUCUACGCGUUUCCCCACGGUUACGCCACCUACGAUGGGCAGUUGAAAGUUUUCGUCCUACAGGAUGAUGGCCACUGGAUAACGCUUCAUUCGAAACGGGAGGCAAGCUAUUUCGAUCAUUUGGAUCGCUUCCUCAACUCGUUCGAGAUCAAACCCGACUUAAGGCAAUCAAUAAGACGCGGUCUAAUGGCGGAUAUGCUAGGAAGCUAUCGGCAAGCGAUCGUCCUCAAGGUACCGGUAAUGCGUGGGCCGGUACUAGAUAUUUUGGUGCGAUUUUUUACGAUGGAUUUUACUGAAACGCCAAAAAUCAUUGACCACUAUACUGUCCACGUUCCCUACGCCAACAUGAUUAAAUUCAGCUACAGUGUCAGCACGGAGGACAAAGAUACCUUCGUACUAGGGUAUCGUUUGGAAUCCAAAAAGUACCACCUAUACGUGAAACAAUCCAGCGGUCCACAUAAGGCUGCAUUUGAUGAGGAGUUGAAAAAGGUGCAUGCGAGACGGAGCCAACUGCUGAAUGGAAGUUACACUGUAACGUUGGAAAAAACAAAGAAGGCUAUCGCUGCCGAGUACGCGCGUAUCUACAAAGCAGUGAGAGAGGCGAUUGUUUUCGCCAUCGAUCUAUCGCUGUUUGGUAUUCUCGUCAAUCGAGAAGGUGUUCUAACGAGCAGCCAUUUGAUUACGUAUGAUGGAAAACACUGGAAUAAGCAGCAAUUGGACGAGAACACGCUAAGGCUGCGCGUGGUAAACAAAACUCUCAAUGACCAGUACCGGCUGGUAAAGGUGAACGCCAGUGAUACCUUCAAGAUUAUAAACCAAACGAACGGAGCAAUGGCCUUUGAUACACGUACUACCAAACCAGAGCAACUGCAGCUCAUCAUGCCAUACUACGCACAAGCACAGGCAAGCGAGAACCCAGUAAGGAUGUAUUUCUUCAAUGGAGAUCAGAAGGACAUUGCUUUACCGGCCAACGAACAGCUCAACAGUGCUAGCAACCAAAUGGUUAUCAUAACAACGGUUCACGUGAAUGAAACAACCCCCAAGAUGAUGCUGUUCCGCUGUGUGAAAUACUUCCUCAAUCCAACCAUCACCGUGCUUGGAGGACAAACCCUCAAACCUCCCGGGGAUUUGCCCAUCGUAACGGGCUAUCAAUAUGACGUCAAUGAUCUCCGGGUGUCCGUCGACGGUACCAUGUUCCGACGGAUCCGAAUACUUCCCGGUGCAAAUACGACCCGCUUCGGUUGGUACGAACAAAGUGUCGAUCUGUCAACUGGGAAAACCACUAGAAGAGCCUUCAGUGCCAACGGCCAGCCGGUGAUCGACCGAAAGCUUCUGGAACAGGAACGAAAACAACGCGAAUCGGAGCAGGAACCCGAAACGAAGACAAGUGAUCUCGAUAAAAUGAUCCUGGACCUCGGAGGCCGCAUGCAAAUUGUCGAUCUAGGUCCGUACCGGCUGCUGGAUGAAAUGGUAUCGUACUACGGCUUCGAAACCUAUGAAGCGAAUCAUUUUGGAAAGGAAAAUCGGUGGAUUUUCAACAACACCCUAAUCAAACGUGAAGAAAACAAUCGUUUUCUUCGCUUGUCCAAUCAGAUGCACACUCUGACUGGACAAUUUAUGCCGCUUGAGCCAAACCAGUACUUUGUUGUGUCAUGCUGGAUGCGCACUGCAAAUGCAACGAAGAAAGGUGACCAUCUGAACACCCUUAGCGUGGACGUUCUCAUCGACAAGAAGGAUGGGAACAAACUGAACUCCAAGACGGUGGAAGUGAAACAGCGAAUCGGUGACUGGAGCUACGUGGAAACGAUCCUCAAUACGACACACAUCCCACCUGCGUCGAAACCUAUCUUUGUUGUAAUCGUUGCACCAAGCAGCACUCAUUCCACGAUCGACAUCGAUCACAUCCGUUUUUCGCCCCUCGGACUACCGUUCCAGGCAAACAUCUUCGAACCUAUCACUGGCGAUUUACAGGCGGUGCUAGGAGGAAAUGGCCUGCUGAAGAGUUAUUUACAUAAUACGAAGGGUAAAAAGUCGAUCCUCUUUGGGGAGUACGGUGAAGUGCUUGAAUUCACCAUGGAGUCGAAGGUGGUGUACGCUAGAACUGUGUCCGGAGCGCGACCGUCAUUGAUCGAGAUGAAACCGCGACAAAGCUUUUUUAACCGAUUCGAUCAAAAAUCAUCACCGUGGCGCAAAACAGGACGUGUAUGGCUACCUCACAAAGGAUCGAUAGCGUUUAUAACGACCGGGGAUAGUGCUAGUAUCGAGAAAACCAUAACCGGAUCAUGGACAACGUUGGCCUUGCGCUUUCUUUACAGUUUGGCGAAGACCGAUGUAGUUUUGAAACUAGUAUGGGGAACGAAAGAGUUUCACCUACCUUGUGGGACAGAAUCUCAAACCGUCUGCCCGUCGCUGCCAAACGAUGGAGAGAUCCUAGUGUUUAUCACCGCCAUCCGAAUUUCUAUUUGGGUCGAUGGAGUUCUGGUGCAGGAAGCAUCCCUAGCUGAUGGUUCAACACAACAGGAACGGGUCUUUCGAUUGCACGCUACGGGAGGGUUUGAAAUAGGGGAGUUUAUCGAGAUGUACGACCCGAGGAUAAAGGUUACCUACCAUAACUUGUCGGGACAGCCCACGCAACUACUCGUCUAUGAAGAUCCAGAAACGGUACGUGUGCGUGAGAUCCUGUACGACAGCAUCGAGCGCCCCAUUCUGCAAACAAAGUGGACAAAAAUACGCAAAAAAGAGAGUGAUGGAUUUUUCGCAUUCUACGAAGGUUUUAUUACCAACUUUGAUAACGACACACUCCUCCUCAAUGGGGCCGUUGCCGAACUUAAUCCAGCCUGCGAAGGAUAUCCUUAUACAUAUACCGUGUACGGUAGUGACCCAAGUGAAAACAAACGAUUGCAAGGUCUCCCAGGAAAGCAGUACGGAGUGCUAGGCAAAUACAAGCGGGAAUACCUGUCCACCCCUUCCAAUGUUUUGUUGAACAAUCUUUUCCCGAGUGAACAUGGAUUCAACCAAAAGACGACGAUUCAUCCCGGCGGUGCCAUUCGCGGGACGGUCGAAGACAGUCGUGGCAAUAAGGUAGCCAGCUAUAGCAAAGUUGGCAACUACGAGGAUCGUCUCAGCACGUUCCGAUACGGGCAGAAAAAUAACAAAAUUGAACAAGAGCUACCUCCAAUGUAUCACUCUCUCGUAAGAACUGCGUCAAUGGUCGACUUCUUUGAAUCUGGCCAACAAAUGCAACGAGAUGCAUUGCAAAAACAGUGGGAAGUGCGUUACAAUUACGACGAGCAGAACCGCGUGAUAAGAAAGCGCACGCCUGAUGGGGGCAUCUAUCAGUACCUCUACGAUAGGUACGGUAUCUUACGCUUCUCCUUGCAUAAGGACGCCAAUGACACGCUCGAUCGUGUAUUACACUUCAUGUACGCCUCCGAUGGGAAGAUUACUCGCGAAGCUCUUGUGAAUCUGACAGAAACGGAAUGUACUAAUUUGCUGGACGGAAGCAAGGUACUGGAAUCGACAAACUUCAUCGAUACACUGUACGGUGAGCAGGAUACUGAUCCGAAUCUACGGUACCGGUCAAGGCUAGCUUCGCGUCACAUCGAUGACGAUCAGAUGACGGAAUAUCUGGUGUACGAUCAGCAGAAUCGACUUCUCAAAAAGAUGUUUGUAGUGAAUACGAUCAAUACAUCCUACUCGAUCGACUAUGAGUAUGAGAAUGAUGAACUGCGAACGAUCAAGUAUCCGAUCGGGCAAGGGGAAAAGCCUUACAAGUUUAUCUUUGGCUACAACGGACAUGGUGAGGUGACGAACAUUAAGGAAUCCGCUACAGAUGAGCCGUUGUUUCAGUUUACGUACAACGCAGAUGGAAUGAUGGAGACGAUGAAGGUACGCACCGGAACAGCUCGCUUCUUCCAGAGAAACUUCACCUACAACGAGCCGGGAUUCUUGGUAAAGCUGGCGGAUGACUUCCUCACAGAGGAUGUGAGUUAUGUGGAGACGGAUUCGUACGGCCAAGACUCGUACACUCCGAUCUACGAGGGGCUUAUAUCGAGGACCGUUUUCACCGCACACUGGCAACGCACCGCGGGUUCGCUUCGCACGAGUAUGUAUCCGAAAGAUUUAAUCUCGAACAACAUAAGCCGGAAACAAGCAAUCGUUUGCUUCGAUGUCCUCAAACAAAAGGGAUAUCUGAACGAGAACAACGCGGUAAAUAGGACGUUCUACGGAGAGCGUGAUGAUGAUUUACCGUUUAUUUGUGGAGAUGUGAUACCGCUGAACCAUCUGUCCACGGUGUUAAGCAGUGGGAGCUUCCCGCAUCUGUACGGCCAUCGGUACGACUACGACGAUCAUGAUCAGUUGAUUAAGGCAAAGUAUUUCCACGGAUCUGACGAGCUGCAACUGACUCCUCUCACAUACCGGUCGUUUGCAAAGGAAAUAGAUGGAGUCAAGGAGAGUGAUUCGAAAAACAUCUGGGAUGCACUGUUGGCUGAAAAAUUCUUAAGUGCGGACUGUACCAAUCCGAACCUCUGCCAUGGGCGUCCAGGACCAAUCUCGAUGUUUGGAGACUUUAUACGACAGCACCGUUAUCACAAACACUUGCAGACGCUGUUUUCGAAGGCGAUCGUUGAACGGAAAGCGCUGACCGGGGAUGAGUUUAAUGCUCGAUGCAAAAGGUGGAUCGAGGGUUCCAACAUGGGAAAGAACGUUUGCCGGGACAUUAAGAAUUCCCUUAACAAACGCAACUUAAUAGGCAACAGUCCACAGAACUCAUUGGAUUCUUUGAGCGAAACGUUCCGUAAUGCAUUAAACAGAUACAAAAGACAAAUUCCAGAGAUAGUUCGUGUGCUUAGUCACCACUUUGCAACAGCUUUGGGACGAUCUGCAGGAGACGUCCAAUCAUACGAAAUUGAUGCCAACGGUAACCAUCGGAUGUUUUACACAGGAUUCUCGCGCUACCGUUUGGAGUAUAGAGAUGGAACCAACCAGAUUACAAAAUUGCAUCGACUGUACUUUGAUCGAGAUCAGCGUGAAGAAGAACAUUUCAACAUGGAGCACAACAGCGAUGGUGCGGUGGUGAAGGCGGAACACAAAGGCAUCAAACAUAUGGAAUACGAUAAGAUACUGCAUCGUGUAACGAAAAUGGAGAUGACGGAUGGAAGGAAGUUAAUCUUCCAGUAUGACGUUCGUGCAGAACGUACCUUCAAGCAGGUGCAUAAUCCGGAUGGAACCGUUUCACACGAAAAGUAUUACAUUCGGGACACGAAUGGAUUGGUACUGGUAGACAUGGAGCUGACGUACCUCGCGAAAGAUCAACCCCCAGAUGUGCGGGUCACCAGCUACAUCUAUAAGGACCAACAGCUGGUUGGAUUCGUGCGCAAUGAUAAGCUGUAUGGUGUGAUAUCCGAUCACGAGGGAUCGGUUCGAUUGAUCGUGAGAGAUGGUGAGGUGGUAGCCGCAUAUGACUAUCUUCCUUACGGGCAAAUAUUCCGACGAUACGGUACUGAUUUGGACGGUCAAAUAUCGUAUCUCUACACUGGCCAAGAAUGGGAACCGGAGAUUGGGUUGUACAACUACCGCGCCAGAUUGUAUGACCCCGACAUUGGCCGGUUCUAUCAGAUGGACCCCAAGGAGCAAUACCCCAGCCCGUAUGUCUACGCAGGAAACUCACCCGUGUCGCUGGUGGAUCCCGAUGGAGAAUUCGCGUUUGCGAUUGCGUGCCUCAUCAUGGCCAUAGUUGGCGCCUACAUUGGUGCUUCUUCCGCUGCCAAAUCUUGGAACCCUCUACAGUGGAAUUGGAAGUCGAAAAGCCUUUGGCUAGGACUGUUCGGUGGUGCCCUGACCGGGCUAUCCAUUCCAUUCAACAUAACCGCAUCGGUAGGCUACUUUGUUGGCCUUGGCUUAUCAUUAACCGCAUCGAUCUCCAUCAUGGUGUGUUCGGGGAUAACAUUCGGCUAUUUUGCCCUGGCGGCGGCUAGCGGAAGCUGGGAUCCAAGGAAUUUCGAUUUCACCAGCCCUGGCACCUGGAAUGCCUUGCUGGGAGGUAUCGCAACAUCCGCCUUCAUCGUCACCACACCAAACUCUUUGCUAACUACUUUCCGGUCGAUCAGCACAAUCCUCGGGAGGGCACUUUUUGUGACCAUCACGGCUGUGUCAGGUGUGACCUUUGCUUACCUUUUCGGUGUCAUGCGGAUGGGCGGUCAGUGGGAUGUCAGCAAAUGGGACUUUACGGAUCCGGGUCUGUACUACAGCCUCUUCGAUGGUUUAGUAACAACCGCAUUCACAGCGGUCAUUGUGCGCAACAUACCGAAGGACCUGCAAAAGUGGAACCGGAAGAUCGGAUCCUCACUGGAUCGGCUGGCCGAGACGCAGAUAUUUUUCCGCGCCCGCAGGCUUAUGCGGGGUGACUGGUCCUUCAAGCUAAAGAACGUACGCUUAUUCAUAUCGGCCAAUGCGCAAAGUAUCGCACGUUUGCAACGCGGUAUACUGCCAAUUGCGUUUUAUGGCUUUAUUGUGACGCUUCGAAUGGCGGAAAGCUUCGACAAAAGCCCGGUGCCAGGGAUGUCCGUAUUUUUAAAUAUAAUCAGCACCGUGAUAACUACGCGAGGGUUUUCCAAUCGAAUCGUUAAGCCACUAGUUCCAAAAGCCGUAAACGCGCCACUUGCUUUACGGUUGGAGAGUUCGUCAACAUCUGAAGAUUCUGCGCACCGGUACAUUUCGUCUGGUUCUGCCACUCUGAGUAGUUUUAUCAGCGGAUUACGCCUUCGGCUAUUCGAAUGGUUACGUUUCACAUCCCAAGGUGAGCGGCACGACGAAGGCAGUAAUUAUGCUGAAACACAACAGCACGACUUAGUGCACGAGCAUCAACGAAAACAUUCACAAACGUCAAAACAUGCCGCCAUCAAAAACUGCUAUCGUGUAGCGAUUCGUGGUUCCGAUAGGUACUUUGUUAAGUGUUUCUCUCUCGACUCGACUACAUCAAUCCACCCAAAACCGGACGCCAUCUUGGAGGCGCACGAUACUUACCGCCGCUGCGUUCCUUUGACCUACGAUGGUACUCCCGCCAUUUCCUGCGACGGCGAACGAUCAUCACUGCUGUCCGCUGGUGUGGUGACACCAAAGUUGUUUGACUUCGUAGACGGUUGGCUACUGCUGGCGCGAAUUACACCGGCCGCCAUACGUGAGACUGGACGCAUCUUUGGUCGACUCUUCGGGGAUGGAUCGUCGGUUCCGAUCGACAAACCCGCCUCAAGAGAGCGCCACAGGGAUAGAUUCACCGGUAAGCUGUUGCGCCUGCAAACUCUUUCCGGCGAGUUGCACAACGAAUGGAAAAUGGAUUGGGUUGCUGCGAUGGUGGAAGAUGUUUACGAUGAUGUCAGCGAGUAUUUAGCACGUGGACGGGGAAGCUCGACGCUGCUGUUCGAACGGCUAGAUGCGAUAGAAAACGAUAUUCAGGAGGAGAUGGUUUUGCACCGAUCGAAACAAUCGGUGCAAUGCAUACUCGGUCAAAUUCCUUCGAGUACACUUCACUGUACGAAAAGUAUAUCAGCUGAUGAUAAGCUUGCAACAAAAUCAGGAUCGCUUCGGUUUGGAUCGCACUCAGCACUAAUAUCUCGAACAGAUUCUUAACAGCCGGUUGCACUGGAAACCAAAUUAUCCAACAACUUAUUCCGAUACAGCACAUAUAGCAAUAAAUCAUUUUAUUACAAUUUACCCAGCGUUAAAUAACGGAAACAUUCAAUAAAGACCAAGUCACGGGAGAUCUCGAAAC